AUGAUCCCUUUCGUCUCAAAGAAAUGGGAACUAAGAAGAAGAGCCAUAGGAUCUGACCUAGGUAACAACUGCUUCCAAUUCAGAUUUGACUUUGAAGAAGACAUGAAGAAAGUUGUAACAUCCGCAAACCAAACUACUGAGUUUUGGAAAUUGUGUCGGGCAACACCACGAGAAUGUCGGCCGACACCGGCUAUUGGAAUCGAUUUUCAGUUCAAUUUACGUUAUCCGGUUUUCGCUGAGUUCGGUGGUGAAGUGGCUAUUGGCGAUAUCCGGGUUGUUCAGCAGUUCGAGGAUGUGUUUCAGUUGCUGAAGGGAUUACCACCAUCUCGGUCUGAUCCUUUCAUGAUUGAGCAAGAGCCGGGAACAGCAUCGAUAUCUAAGAUGCCUUAG